AUGUCGAGCUACUGGAAUACCUUUUCCACGAAUUUGCUGGUAUCGAAAUGGAAUCGAAAAGAUGUUGCAUAUUCUACGUAUCAUUGCACCGCUGAAAACAAUUAUGGAAGAGUGCGAAGUGUUGAUGCAAUUAUUCGACCCACAUUCAUCGCUUCCUUUUAUAAUUUAAGAAUGGAUGUAUUUCCUCUAAAUCAUGCAAAUGGUGGAUCGCGUAUUGAAUGUCAAGCACCAUCACAUUAUCCACGAUCGUAUUCGUUUUCAUGGAUGAUCAAUGGCUCUACAGCUCGCUUCGUCCUACAGACACAACGCAUAUUUAUAUCGACUGAUGGAACACUGUAUUUCUCCUAUCAUAUUCCUGAAGAUGCUAAUAGUUACGCUUGUUCGUUGGUUAUGCCUUCAAUACAAGGUGGUCAUUAUGGUCCAUUUUUCAAUUUACGAUUGCCUCCAUAUUUUUUAGUUAAACCAUUCAAACCUAUAAUUGAUGAAUUUCGACCACUGGUUUUUCCUGAACAUCCUCAAAUCGGAAAUUUAGUCAUUCUGGAAUGUUUUGCUUAUGGAAGACCAGCACCACGAUAUGAAUGGAUAAGAACCGAUGGAAGGUAUCUUAAUGCAAAACCAAUGAAUUUCGGUCGAAUAUUGAGGAUUGAUAAUGCACGAGCGGAUAAUGCAGGUCGAUAUUUAUGUAUUGCAAUCAAUGAACUUGGACAGGAUAGCGCUGAAAUUAAUCUUGCUUUUUCGGUAAAACCUGAAUUUUUAUGGCCUUUAUACGAUCAAAUAGUUGCCUCUAAUUGUACAGUUGUGUUUGAUUGCCGUCUAAAUUCGCCUGAUGGCGUAAUUAUCGAAUGGUUCAAAAAUUCGAAGAUUUUAUCUCCUUUACUCAUGUCAAGUGCUGAUCGAAUGAGAUUUAAAAUUGAAAAUAAUAGACUGACAAUAUCAUCAACUCGAUUUGAAGAUAGUGGUAUUUAUCAGUGCAUUGCAUCAAAUCAUGUUGGUUCAGCAAGUUCUUCAGCAAGAUUGACUGUUCAAAAUUUUAAGCCUCAGUUUGAUGCGAAUAUGCCAAAAAAAAUUUAUGCUGUAGUACCAUGCAUAUAUUUUGCGUUACCACGAGGUCGUAUUGCAUGGUUCGGUCAUAAUGCUGAGCCGAUUAAUACAAAAGGUAGAGUGCGCUAUGAAACAAAUUUUAUACCAAUACUUAUCAUUGAAAAAAUAGAACACUCUGAUGCAGGAAAAUAUAUUUGCGCUGUUGCAAACGAUGAGGGUCAAUCACAAUUUGAAAUCGAAAUCAUAAUUUUUGAAAAACCAACUUUGGUGAUUAAUCCUUAUAUAGGAACUGAUGUCAGCAAUAUUGCUUGUGAGAUAGAAAUGUUUUGUAAAAAUGUCGCGCAAUGCCCGGAACCACUGUUCGAAUGGUUUAUUAACGAGAUGCCGUUACGUUCUUUACCGCGAUAUGCCCAAAUUCAUACUACACUAUCUGAAGAAUAUGGAAUUCUUAAGAAUGGAAUAAGGAUGAAGCAAAAAAUUCAACUGCAGUUGCCAUCAAUACUUUAUUCAAGUCGAUUCAAAUGCAAAUCAUUGCAUGGAGUUUUAUCUGAAUUGAAUUUGAUUCCACCACCAGUGUUACCAACCGAUUUGCGACUGCACAGUAUCAGUUGUAAUAAUAUUAAAUUAUCAUGGAAGCAACCAUUGUUCGCUAAUAUUGACGAUUGUACAAUUGAAAUAAGGACGAAAGACAAUAUGAAGUGGCAAUCUAUACCAGAGCAUAACCUAGUCACCACAAAAGAAGAUAAUAUUCUAAUUUUUAAGAUCAGCCACCUCAGACCAAAUACAGAUUAUCAGUUUCGAGUAAAAUUCAAAAAUAGUAAUGAACUAAGUUAUGUAUUUCAAUCAACUGAAUGGAUUCGAACAUCAAAUUCUGCGCCCGUUGGAACGGUUGACGAUUUGCACUGGAGAAAUCUCGAUGAUAAAACGAUUUUGAUUGCAUGGAAUUCUUGUCAUACAGUUAAUCUUUAA